GAUGCCAGCUCUGCGUGCCCGCUGUCUUUGCGAAGGAAUGUGGCUGCUUUACCUGUGUCGGGAUGGAUGUCUGACAGAUGUUGUGAUGAAGAGAUGCAGGCCCUUCUCCUCAUUACAAAGCAAUGACGAUGUUCUUGAUCCCCACCACUGAUGACCAAGAAGGAACAUCCAGUCAGAUUUAACAGAAGUCAAACUUGAUCCAUAAUAAUUAGUUUGACCUCUUUCUAAACAUGGAGCCCUAACUUCUCAGCUAUCAGGACACGGUUCUACAUUGCUCCUUCUGUUCUUACAAAAGAAACCUCAUUAAGUGGCGUCUCAGUGUUUUUACUUCCCCUCCACACCUCCUGAGACCUCAAAAAUGUUCUCAGCUUUGAAAAAGCUGGUGGGAUCUGAGCCAGGGCAGCUCCGGGAGAAAACCAUUCCAGCAGGACUGCAGUCCAUGAACCAAAGUUUGCAAAGGCGUUUCGCCAAAGGGGUCCAAUAUAACAUGAAAAUAGUUAUCAGAGGAGACAGAAAUACUGGAAAGAGUACUUUAUGGCACCGACUGCAGGGGAAGAAGUUUGUGGAGGAGUACAUUCCCACUCAGGAGAUCCAGGUCACAAGUAUUCACUGGAAUUAUAAAACCACUGAUGACGUGGUGAAGGUGGAGGUGUGGGACGUGGUGGACAAAGGCCAAAAAUACCCUCUUCCUGAAGGUGGUGGAAAAGGCAAACGGCGUGGAGACAACUUGAAACUGGAGAAUGAGCCACAAGAGUCAGAUGAGGUAGCCCUGGAUGCAGAGUUUCUGGAUGUGUACAAGAACUGCAAUGGUGUCAUCAUGAUGUUUGACAUAACAAAGCAGUGGACUUUCAACUACAUCCUGAGAGAACUGCCUAAAGUACCCACCCAUGUGCCAGUGUGUGUCUUGGGAAACCACAGGGACAUGGGGGAACAUCGUGUCAUUCUCCCUGAUGAUAUAAGAGAUUUUAUUGCAGGACUAAACAGACCAAUGGGAUCAUCAUACAUUCACUAUGCUGAGUCCUCUAUGAAGAAUGGAUUUGGGUUGAAGUAUCUGCACAGGUUUUUCAACAUUCCCUUCCUACAGCUGCAGAGAGAGACCCUCCUGAGACAACUGGAGACCAACCAGCUGGACAUGGACGCCACCCUGGAGGAGCUUACUGUCCAGCAGGAGACUGAAGACCAGAACUAUGAGAUCUUCUUGGAGAACUUGGAGUCUCGCAGUAAAGGUUUCGCCUCCCCUGGUCCAGCCAACGGUCAGAGCCCCUCCUCUGGCUCCCAGUCCCCUAUCAUCCCCCCCAGCGGUGCUUCCACUGGCAGCUCCAGCCCCAGCACUCCACAGCCUCCUCUACCCUCCCAGAUGCUUCCACAGUCUCCAUCUGUAUCUGCGUCCUCCCCUGUGCCCCCCACAGCAGUGGCAGGUGGGGCCACCUCCCCCACAGCUGAGGCAAAACUUCCACUCCAGUCACCUGAACACCAGCAACCAUUAGCUGCGCCUGGGGCCUCUGGCCCCCAGAAACGUGGUUUCAUCUCCCGCUGGUUUGGUUCAUCUCCUGCUGCUGAGGCCCCUGCUGCUGCACCAGAAGACCCUCCUGCCCCUGUGUGUCCCGCUAAGGUGCAGAGUGUGGAUGAUUUUGUGCCAGAUGAAAGGUUGGACAAGAGUUUCCUGGAAGAGAGCGUCUCCUCCAAGAGCAAGGUGCCCCAACCCGCCCCGGCUGCAGCUGUGGACAGCGACAGUGAUGGAGAAAACCGAGGAAACCCGAUGGUCUCCGGAUACCAGGAUGAGCUGGAUCCUGACGACAGCGAGCCCAACCUCCCCCAGGUGAAGGCCCGGCCUCACAGUAAGGACAUCUCUCUGACCAGCGAUGAGGAGGAGGCUGAGCAGGGGCCUCCCACAGUCACACAGGACCAUGACUGGGACAGCGAACCUGAUCUGAAAGCGCCAGUUAUUCAGCUCACAAAAGCAAAGGUGACUUCUCAAGUUCCUGAGCUCAAAGUCCAGACCACAGCACCAAUCUCCCUGACCCUUACUCCAGCAGCGGAGCCGCCAGCUCGACAGCAGGCCCGGAAAAAGGGAAGCACACCCAGAGCAGAAGACUCUGAUACAGACCCCGAGGCUCCUGUGGCCCAGCAGAUGCUCUCUUUUGUCAUGGAUGACCCGGACUUUGAGUCGGAAGCAUCAGACACCCCGAAAAUCGCAAAGGAUAUCUUUCCGGUCAGAGAUGAGCUUCUGUCUGACCUCUCUGACGAGGACACGCAAUUAUCCAAGGUUCUGGUUCCGCUGAAGCCCACUGGGAUUUCCUUCAAACCCAAGGAUGACGCUGACCUGUUUGGCCUGGGGAUCCAAGAAGAACCUCGAGCAGCAAAGGACAGCAGUGAGGACCAGGAAGAAAAAGAAGGCAAGCAAUCCAAAGAGAAAAAGAAGAAGAAGAAGAAAAGCAAGGAGGAGGAAGAGAAGAGCAAGAAGAAACACAAACACAAGAAAAAGGAAAAAGAUGACGUGCCAGUGGUGGACGACAAGGAGAAAAAGAAGAAGAAAUCUCGCUCCAAGAAAACGGAGGUGGACGAGUUGGAGGACUUUCUGGGUGGAGGCACCGGCACCGUCAAAAGAGACGAUGGGGAUUAUGAAGAGCUAUAAAGGCUACUGCUUGUUUGAAUCCCAGGAGAACAGCAAGGACA